CUUCCUCUCUGUUCAAAUCUUCAGAUACCUCUCCGGAUUUUCACCGCUCUUAAAAUCUCAAUGGCCGGAAGAGGCAAGUCUCUCGGCUCCGGUGCCGCCAAGAAGGCCACCUCCCGCAGCAGCAAGGCCGGCCUCCAGUUCCCCGUCGGUCGUAUUGCUCGCUUCCUCAAAUCCGGAAAGUACGCCGAGCGAGUCGGCGCCGGAGCUCCCGUCUACCUUGCCGCCGUCCUCGAAUAUCUCGCCGCUGAGGUCUUGGAAUUGGCCGGUAACGCAGCCAGGGACAACAAGAAGACUCGGAUUGUGCCACGUCACAUCCAACUGGCCGUGAGGAACGACGAGGAGCUCGGCAGGCUUCUCGGAUCCGUCACCAUUGCAAACGGUGGCGUUUUACCCAACAUCCACAACAUGCUUCUCCCCAAGAAGACCUCCAAGAGCGCUGCGGCGGCCGACGAGGACUGAAAUUGAAACCCAUUGCCUACAUGAGCUUUUGGUUUUUGCUUAGAAAUUGAAAUGUAGAGUAAUUUGUAAGGGGUGGUUAUGGUGGAAAUUUGUAGUUAAAUGACUUGGAAUUUUAAUCUAAUCAGAGAUGUGCUUUUGGUCCCAA